UUUAUUUUUGUGCUAACGAUAGCGUCCCUCAAGUCGAGAAAUAAGUUCAUAAGAAAUACGUUUGGCAAUUUUUUGCAAUAAUUCGCUACUUUUACUGUAAGUGGGUCAGUGUUAUCCCGUGCAAAUUGUUUUGUUCACUCAUAGACUCGCACACGUACAAUGUAAGAGCCUUCAUGUCUGUUCCAUUCAUUGAAUAAUCGAAGCCUCUAUUUAGAGUGACACUACUCAGUGCUAUCACCCCUCAGUGCUAUCACCACUCAGUGCUAUCGCCACUCAGUGCUAUCACCACUCAGUGCUAUCGCGCCUCAGUGCUAUCACCACUCAGUGUUAUUACCACUCAGUGCUAUCACCACUCAGUGUUAUCACCACUCAGAGCCAACAAUCACCUUCAUCGCCACCCUCUCACCGUCUCCUCAGCUAAGAGAACACAAGAUGGCCGAAAUAAAGAUGGCGGCCACGAUGACCGCCGUGCUGUUAUGGUACACAGUCUCACUUACUCACAUUCGUGCAUCAGCGGUGAGUGCAUGCGGCAAUUCGUCAUCUCUAAAUACACCGCACACGAAUGCUGCGAAUCUUGCCACGAGUCUAACUCUGACGACUCACGACCUCAACGUUUCAGAGUCUAGUUUCCACAAGAAUCUGAAUGAUGAAAAGUUUGAUGAGAGAAUCCAGUCGCAUGAGCGACAUGAAAGAGAUGCUGGCAAGUUACGAGGACUGAUAGGUCCGGUAACAGAAGUCCGGGAUCUUGCAACGGACUCGUUGGUUCUAGUAACAGGAGGUCGGGAACUUCUAACGGAUUCGUUGGUUCCGGUAACAGAAAUUCGGGAUCUUGCAACGGACUCGUUGGUUCCGGUAACAGGAGGACGGGAACUUCUAACGGAUUCGUUGGUUCCGGCAACUGGAGUCCGGGAUCUUGCAACGGACUAUUUGGUUCCGGAAACAGGAGGGCGGGAACUUCUAACGGAUUCAUUGGUUCUGGAAACAGGAGUCCGGAAUCUUCUAACGGUUUCGUUGGUUCCGGAAACAGGAGGUCGGGAACUACUAACAGAAAUGCUGGUUCCGGCAACAGAAGUCCUGGAUCUUCCAAAAGACACGUCGGAUCCUUUGGUAUCCAAAAUACCUGGCGUUCGUUUUGGACCUGAUGAUCUCUCGAGCCCUCGAUUGAUGUCGAAGAUACGCGCAUUGCCUACGCGACGUGCUGCGGCACAAGACGUUCCAUACUCUCGUCGACGUCGCCGGCGUCGGGACGUGGACGAGUUGGACAAGGCGUCGCCGCACGUAGACGAGCUGGAUGAGGCGUCACCACCUGCGGACGAGAUGGAUGAGGCGUCACCACCUGCGGAUGAGCUGGACGAGGCGUCGCCGCACUUGCACGAACUGGGCGAUUCGUCGCCGCAUGUGCGCAAUCUGGGCGAGGUGUCAGCGACGGCGCCUUACAUCGACCGCGCAACACCGACGAACGUGACGGCCUACAGCGGCGUCACGGCCAUCCUCCCAUGCCUCGUCAACAACUUGGGACAGCGAUCGGUGUCUUGGGUGCGCGUGCGCGACCUGCACGUGCUCACCGUCGGCCUCUUCACCUUCGCCAACGACGCGCGCUUUGAGAGCCGCCACGAGGACGGCACCAACGAGUGGGUCCUGCGUCUGAGGUACCCGCGCGCCUCAGACUCCGGCCUGUACGAGUGCCAGGUGAACACCAAGCCAAUCAUCAGCACGGCGGUGAUGCUCACCGUGCUGGAGCCGCGGGCCGUGAUUGCCGGCGGCGCGGAGGUGUUCAUCAACCGCGGGUCUUCCCUGCAGCUCUCCUGUAGCGUGGCCCCCCCGCCCCGCGCCCCCCUCACCUUCACUUGGUACCGCAACUACAAGACCCGCACCUGA